CGCCGGUACCGCUGCAGAACCAGGCGUUAACCUAUACAUAGCUACACAGAAAUCAAGCCUACAUCCCAAUAAUCGGGAGCGAAAACUGUUCGGAUAGUCUGAGGGGCAUCUCAGAGAGUGGAUCUUUACCGUCAGAGUGUCCACCCUGGUUUACAAAGGAUCCUAUUACUGGCAAAUGCAACAGAGGACCUCGUUUGGAUGGCAUUAUAGAGCAAGACAUGUCGUUGAUGCAAACACAAGUCAUGGAAUGUUAUUGCAUGACAGGAAAUGACAGUGUUCUAUCAGUUGGUUUUUCUCUGCAGAUGUGUUUGUACUUGAGAAAAUCAUAUUAUACGCUACCAUGUGACAUACAUGAAUUACAGAACUGGUCCUGUCCACCUCAAAUGAACAGACGUGGAUAUCUCUGCAGCCAGUGUAAAGAAGGCUAUGGAUUUCCGGUGUAUUCUUAUGCUUUGGAGUGUGUCAAGUGUAAGGACUACAAGUACAGUUGGAUCAAGUAUGUGGCAGUUGUAUAUGGUCCACUUACAGUGUUUUACAUGAUUGUAGCU